UUUAAAAUGGCCGCCAUGACAUGAACGGAGCGACAAUAAAAGACUCAAGAUAUUCGCUUUUAAAAUACACUUGAGGGUGUUCAUUCUUAACGAUAGCAAGAAUAAUAACUAUUUUUUCUUUGUGAGAUGUCAGGGCCUCGAAUAACGCGUAAAGUUACGGUAGAAGUGAGUAAGAAGGUUACUGAGGUGGGAAGCGUGCCUUCGUCUGUCGUGCAGCCGUCAUCGUCUUCUUCUUCAUACAACCCAAGAAGAAGCGUAUUUGAACGGUUAGGACCUGGAGCUGUUGACCGUAGCAAGACACGUGAGAGCUAUCCACCUGACAAGUGUCGUAACUGGUUACGUGACGGCAGGUGUCCUUAUGGAAAUAACUGUAAAUUCCUCCAUGGUCCAUAUUCAGACCAAAAGCCCAGGUCUAAGAGUGUCAGGAGUAUAGUGUCAAGUGGAUCUAAAGAUAGACAUGAAGAUUCAGAUGAAAAAACACAAACGUACCACUCAAGGAGUCAAGACAGUAUUGAGUAUGAUGAAGAAGAUGAAGAACAAGAACAGAUCAAAAAGAAAAAGAGACACAAGUCAGAAGAAGAUCUGUCAGACUCAGCAACCAAGAAAACAACUAAAUCAAAGAAAAAACACAAAGAGGAAACAGAUGCUGAAGAUGAGGAUCGAAAAGCGAAACGAAAACGCAAGACCCACAAAAAGCGUGAUUCCAGUCCCAAAUCCAAACACCGCAGUCCAAAAGAAGACGAGAAGGACUGGGACACCAAGGCAAGCCUGCUGAAGGACUUUGAGCAGCAAAUGAAAGAUGCAGAGAACUGGGAAGACCAGGGUGGCGAACUGGAUUAUGAUCGACAGUUAGAGCUUGAAAGGCGUCGGCAAGACUUACAGAGGCAGCUUGCUUUGAUGGAUGAAGAAGACGCUGCCGCUAGCGCCGAGGAUACAGUUCAUUUUAAAGAGAAUGAGAAGGAGGAGGAGCCGAAGAAGGUACCAAUAGUUCACAGCAGGCUGCAUCCUGAACCAUCAGCUGGGACUCCCUCCGAUGAUGGGACUGUACCGCAGCUGACAACCACUAAAAAGAAGAAAAAGAAGAAACUUGAUUCGGAGGGCGAGGGAACGAAGACGAAGAAAAAGAAGGAAGCUUCACCAAGGAAGAAAGACGAAUCAAAGCGCAAGGUAGUAGCUAGGUCAGACGAGGAUGUUCCGGUGAUAAAGGAGAUCUCUCCAAACCCAGAGAUAGUAAAGAAAGAAAGCACGGGUUAUGUCGGCUCAAGUGAUGACACAGAGUUGUUAGAGCAUCAUAAAACCAAGAAGAAAGUCAGGAAGACUUCGAAGUCAUCUGGUGUCCGGGGUAGGGAGAAACACACACCAGAGCCUUACCCGGAGGCUAGUCCCCCACGGGAGCGCGUUGAACAGCCUGUUCGUAAGCGGCCAGAGGAAGAAGAGUAUAGGCGUCAGGGGGGGUUAAGCCCUCAGUUGAAGCCCACCAGGGAGAAACGGAAAAGUGAGUCUGACGACCUCGUUACUCGACGCACUGAAGAAGGGCGUUCCCGCAAAUCACGUGAUACUGCGGAGUACUACCCCUCCCCUGAUGAACAUGAAGAUAAUCGAAAAGUACGCUCAAAGGUUGUUGGGCAUGCACGAAUAUCCCUUUCAAACGAGAGGCAGCGUGCAGAGGAAGAAAGGUCUGACGGUAGAGCUGGCAGGAGGGAGACUGAAGAAAGGGUUACUUCACGGGGUCCUCGGUCACCAUCCUCUCCAGGACAUGUCAAGAGGGAAGACGAAAGGUAUGUCUACGAGGACGCGGCAGAGGAACCUAAAAGAAAACGGCCCACUCGUGCUCGUAGCCCUGUUCGUGAACCAGCACGCGAAGAUGCUGGGUAUAAAAAAGAAGGUACGGACAGGGAUCGUGGAAGACACGAGGAUCCUCAUGGAAGAGGCCCACGUACUCCACCUGACAAUGAGGACCACUUCAGUCCACCUCCGAACCAAGCUGAAGCUACCCGCAGCAACCGAUUCUCCGAACGAGAGAAAGAUUUACCUCGACGCGAACGAGACAUGAGUAGGGAAAGGGGACAACCUAAUGAUCAAGGAGAUCCGAGGUACCCCGAUAGAGGAGGGCGAGUUCAUCCAGACAGUGACUUCGAAAGGCGAAGACCACGAGAUGAAGAGGUCUCAAGAAGUCGAAGACAACCCCUUAAACCUGAAGAGUACCCAAGAGGCCGACCACAAGACGACGAUCAUCCGAGAUACCGAGGACGUGACGAAGACUUUCCGAAAGACACCCGAGAUGUCGAAUUCCUUCGCCAUCGUGAAGGACGGGAAGGGCGAGACGAUGACUUUCAAAGACCGAAAUACCGAGAAGACAAACCCGAAGAGUACCCUCCGAGAUCCCGGGCCCGAGGGGAACGGGACGAAGGAGAAUUCGUGCGAGGAAGAGGAAGGGAUGACCGUGGGGAUGAGGGUAGGGGACGCCCACCGCCAAGAGAUGUACAACGAAGACUACAUGAUGAACUGGAGGGUAACGAACGGGAUUUGCGCGAUGAACGAGGAAGAGCAAGACCGGAAGGAUAUAUAGACAGCCGUAGUCGAGAAAGACCGGACGACAGAGCACGAGAUCCACGCUAUACACCAGAACAUUUCCGCCGCCCGUCACCAUCACAGGGCCCUCCUAGAGGGAGGUCUCCCCCUCAUCGUUACGACGACCGGCGUCGAAUCGAUGAUGGCUACCGUGGUGGACCUGGAAGCAGAGAUGCGCCAGUUGGUAGAGGACGUGGGUAUGCCGACAGAGGGAGAGGGGAGUACUCAUCUCCUUAUGAUAGCAGGGGUAGGGCUAUGGAUACACGGAGAAGAACACCUCCUCUUGGUCCGAGGUCUUCCUUUCAAGACAGGGACAGAGGUCCACCAAGAGGCAGGGACAUGCCUGCAGGAAGAGGAAGAGGAUACGCGGACAAAACAAGGCCACCACCAAGUGGCAGAUACCGCGACACAGGUGCACCAUGGGAACGACGCGCAGAUCGCGACUACCGAGACCACCGGAAACCUUUCGUGGAACCCGGCAUCCGGGACAGACACCCGCGGGACUCAUCCCCACCUCAGCAAGGGUUCCGGGAUCAGAGGCCCUGGGAAGAAAGGGAUAGAAGAGGGAGCCCCCUUCGAGGUGGAAACAUUCCUCCACAAGAACGUCGACCUCCUUUCGAUGCUGAACAUGAUGUAAGGGGAAGACCGGAACCUCGGGAACGGCGUUCAUUGGAACCACGUGGACCAGAAGGUUGGGAAUACGGGGAAGACGUUAAUAAACGUAAGCGUCCUCGUCCCACCACUGCAGUAUCCUCAAGACCAGGUUCACCGUUCGAGUCCAAAAAACUAAGAGAGCAGUCACCUGCAGACUUUAACGCGGAUCCCUCUUUAGCUGACAUCCCAGCAGCACCUGAAGAACCUAUACGAACGAAGAAAACAGCCGUCACUACGAAGAAGAUCAAGAAAAAGAAACUGGGAAAGAAAGAAGGAAAAACAGCCAAGGUGGGUGUUGUGAGCGACGGAAGUAUAGAACCUACAGCUGGUGGUGUCGAAGAAGGCAAGAUUAUCAAAGUGGAGAAGAAACAGAAGAAAGAAAAGAAAAUGAAAGGAGGGAAGAAGAAGAAGAAGGUUGUUGUAGCUGCUGUGGCUUUGGGAGACACGGUUACAGCGACAGCAGCAGUUGAAGAGCCUGGCAUGGCUAAACAGGUCGCGCCAGAGACAACAAAAGCAACAGCAGCACCGAAGUUGGGGAAGAAGAGAAAACAAGCUGUUGCUUUGGAGGGUGAACAACCAGUCGAGAACGACGCGGAGAAACCCAAAAAGAAAAAGAAAAAGAAAUAUCAACCAGAAGUCGUAGUUCAACCUUGGGCCGACCUGGAGGAGGAAGACGAAGUGACGAUGGAGGAGAAAAAAGUACAAGAAGACAAAGAAACCAAAGAAGAUGAUCAAGAUAGAGAGGAUAAACCAUUGACAACAGAGAAGAGCGCAGAUGAAAUGUUUAGUGAUUGGAGUGACGGUGACAGUCCUUUAGGUGAUGAUAACUGGAUCGAUGAAAAUGAACAGAUGUCUCCCUCCGAGAAGAAGAUAGACGACGACGUUUCUUCUGCACCAGCAGCGCCUGCCAAGUCUUCUCCAUCAUCGGAGGACAGGGGUCCCUCGUUUGAUGACGUGUACGACCCUAUCAGUGAUGAUGAGUUCGAGGCAAUGUACACGCAGAGUGACGAGGAGGAGGAGAAAAAAGAGCAAAAGGGCAGUAACAAGGGUUUGGGUAUUGAGGAAGUGGAUUGGAGUUCGUUGGGGAUAUCACUACAACCAGAGAAAGAGAAAGAACCUGGAUCACAUUUAGAAAAAUUCACCCCAGGUCAAGUGUUCUCUCGUAUUGGAAUAUCCCCAAACCUAGCUGGUCAGCGUUUGACGCAACUCGUACAAGAAGCAUGCGCGAAGAAUAAAACUGAUACGACAAACAAACAAGAGACUGGAAACGAACUCUCUAUCCCAGAGGAGGGACCUAAAUGUAUUGGUGCUUUUGUGGCCGCCGCAGCGGCGAAAAGACGCGAGCGCGAAGCAUUAGUGGGUAAUCUUGGGCCAUGUCGACGUGCUUUGUGCGCGCGCAGAGAUUUGUCGAUCAGAAAGCAGCUUGGAAGAUCUUCGAAGUUUGAUAAAGUAGCUCUGUUUGCCGCAUCACAGUCCACCCCAGUAGGACCCCCAGUGGAUAACGAACUGUUUCAGAUGAGUGUUGCACUCUACAACAAAGACUCUACGAACACUGAAAUAAGCACCAGGGUUAUCCCUUCUAAAGUCGGCUCCAUUCUACUUACACAGGCCUAGUUGAUUAGAUCAUUAGUUAAUAUAUCAUAUCACACUCUGAAUGACGUCACAAAAGACGUGUGUUAUUAUGACACAGGAAGCCCGGUCGGGUGAAGUACUGCAAAAGAUAUGCGACUUAUUUUAAAGCUCUCGACAACUUCAUUUAAAUAUAGUGGUAAUAUAAUGGUUGUCGUAUGAGUGGGAAACGUACGGUACUGACUUAAGGCUACAAAAUUUGCUUCCCACUCAUACAAAAACCGUGCACUUUAUUACUAUCAAAUGAAUGAAAAAAUUUGUAUAUUUCUUUAUUAACAUUGCCACAAUCAAACUAAAAAUCUACUUAACUCUAAUAUGAACCAAAAUAUCUAACGCGUCCCGGCGAAACCUCGGGCAAUCAGUCGGUCUUGUGGACAACAAAAUCACAGGCCUCUCUAAGUUCGAGUUUGGUGAAGUUUGAAAAAAAUUGGACACUGAUAGCGCAGUUAUGACGUUAUUCUGAAAUUCGAUUUGCGUAAAGUAACCAAGGCUAUUUAUCCAUUCAAGAAUUAGAAUUAUCUGCUGUUGUCCUAUUUUCGCAGUUUUUGCGCUUCAUUUUACUUGUACAGCAAACUACGAGGCUCAAGCAACGGAUUGUUCUCUGGUCAGCAGUAGCCUUGCUUGAGAACAGCCGCGCGCAAUUCUAGUGUGUUGUUUGUAGCGUCUUCGUUUCUUCUGGUUGCGCCUGUCCCACAUGUAGACCAACAGCACGGGUCCAAUAACUAGUAAUAAAGAUAGAUACGAAAA